CUAUCGAGGGGUGAUGGGAGACAGCGAUACUCGAAUGGGUUCCUUAUGUCCAGUUUAUUCCGCAAUUUAGUUUUCGUUGCAUUCAUUGCAGAAAACCCCACUUCGCAGAGAUAUGACAUUGGAAAUGGAAGCAACGUUUUCAGUGUUUUCAUAGCUAUCUCAGGAUAUUCAGCCUUGACUUUGAUCCAGAAUGCUGGCAGAGAUGUUAGGUCAAACAUACUUUUCAGCUCAUCGUUGUUUGCAAGCUCGAGGAGUUGAUCUUCUUCCCGUGCUGACAUGGAUGAUUCACCAGGGACAUUCACAAAUGGAUCACGGACCCAUUCCUUUGCACGUCUUGGGUCAUUUGUGGUUGGGAAGUAACACUCGAAUUCUGUUGACAGCGAAGAUAGGUGAUCGCACACCAGCUGUGAGAAGGACGGUGCAGCCUCAGUCUCUCCCAAAAUCUCAGCUAAUGUUGGGAACGUGUCAAAUAUGCCCCUGUCUACUUGCCGUCCCCACAGUUCCAGUUUGGCUUUGAAAGCAGACACUUUAUCUGCCAACUUGGGCAGUUGUCAUUCUCCCCUGAAGCAACAAAUUGAGUUCAUUGAGCAGGUUGAAGAUGUCACACAGAUAAGUGAGUUUUGCUAUCCAGUCCUCGUCACUGAAGUGUGCUGCCAGUGGUGACUUUUCUCCUGAAAUAAAUCUCUGUAGCUGCUCUCUUAACUCAAAAACCCUGGCCAGGGCUCUCCCCCUUGAUAGCCACCUGACUUCAGUGUGUAAGAGAAGGCGUUUGUGCUCUGCAUCCAUUUCCUUGCAAAGCUGCUCAAACAGACGUGAAUUAUGGGCUUUUGCUUUGAUAUGAUUGAUAACUUCAACAACGUCACUCAAUACGCUGUUAAGAUCAGCUGAUAUUUUUCGGCUAGCCAGCAUUUCUCUGUGCAUGACACAGUGUGUAGACUGGCAUCAGGAGCAACCUCUUUGACUCGGGUAGUGAAACCAGACAGCUGUCCAGUCAUAGCUGCAGCCCGUCUGUACAUAUUCCAACACAGGAUGACCAGUCCAGUUUGCCUGACAUGUUGUCAUUCAAAGACUUGAAUAGUUCUGCCCCAGUUGUGUUAGUUGGCAGCGGCAGUGCACACAACAUAUCCUCGUGCACAUCGUCUUGAAAUAUAUAUCGCACAUAAACCAGCAGCAUUGCCUUGUUGUCGACAUUGGUAGACUCGUCGACCUGGAUAGCAUACCACGAUGACUCGUUAAGCCGUUCCAACAGUUAUGCUUCGAUGUCCUCUGCUAUGUCACCGAUUCUCCUUGAAACUGCGGUAGCUGAAAGAGAAACCUGUGCCAUCUUGUUAGCUGCAGCCUCUCCCAACAGUUCAUGGCACAUGUCCUUGGCAGCAGGCAGAAUCAAUUCUUCACCAACAGUGAAAGGCUUCUUAGCCUGAGCAAUACGGUUAGCCACUAAGUACGACGCUCUCAGAGCAGCAGCAUUUGUGGAGGUGGUGGCUCUCAACACUUGCUUCUGUCCCACUUGCUCACGUUUUUUCCACUCAAAAACUCAACAGGUUUGUCUUUAAGUGCAGGGUGCUUGGACUCAAGGUGCCGAAGCAGUUUUGAGGGCUUCAUUGCCUCAUUAGACAGCUUGUCUCCACAUAUCACACACAGGGGGCUUGGAGCGUGCGAGUCACCGGUCGCAAUAAAGUCAUAUUUUAUGUACGACUCGUCGUAUUUUAUGUUGAAGGAAGCUUUCUUUUUUUGCAGUCUCAGCCUCAGCUGUCUCUGCUUAUCAUCAUCGUUAGGCCUUUUAUGUCGCCUACCACCUCUUCCAAAGAAACUCUCAAGCGACGUUUGAUUUUUACUCAUCGAGUAGUUGUAGGUUAAUGGCCGACUAAUGACCUCGUGUGCGUUCAAGUUCAACAGUGGGUGUGACAGAGAAGAGGAAAGGUGCAGCUGACUCAUAUCGCCAAAACACCCAACUUCCAACUCAAGGGGCGUGGGACGCUGUCCCUUUAAAUGAAGCCACGCCCCCUUCUUCCCGCCUCUAUUUGAAUGGUCCGAGCAGCUCCUCCCGCGUGCCGGAGGUGCGGAUUUGGCGACCGACUGAUAGUGGCUCCUCGUCCUUCCGUCGUUCCCUGCGGCGAUGAGCGGCGUUAACAACCGGCUUCUCUUCUGCCAGUGCACCGCCUACGUGCUCGCCUUCGUGCUGGCCCUGUUCGCGGCGGUGCCGCUGGGCCAGGAGCAGCACGAGCUGCGCGGCCACUGCCUGCUGUACGCGGCGGGCCGCUGGCAGCGCGGCAACGCCAGCCGGGGUUCGGGGUGCGCGCAGGCGCAGUGUGUCCGCCUGCUGCGCUGGGGUCCGGCGUCCGCGUGCCGCUUCAGCCUCUUUGUGAGCGUCUUCAGCUGCGCCUGCGCCGCGCUCCAGGCCUUCAGGAGCGCCUGCGUUCUCUAUGGGGGCGUCGAGGAUUGCAGAGAUAUUCAAGAAGAAUCCCUGAAUCAGAAUGUGGUUUCCACUUUGUUCUAUGAUCACUUUGGCACUGCACAGUUUGCCCUCUGGUGUGCUUGGGUGGUGUGGAUUAUAUUGGCAGUACUUACACUCAAGAAGGUUUCUCAAAAUCGUGGUAAAGACAACUGUACUGCACAGAAAAAAGAGGCACUUCUAAAUCUACAAACACAGGGAUAUCUUCAUGGACAAGUAACCAAUGUAUUCAUUUGACCAAAUAAACUAUAACU